UUUGUGUAUUUGUUUAUUUUUUCUUCUUCCUUUGUUGUUUUGAUUUUAGUUUUUUGUCAAAGUAUAAACAAACCUGUAAACAAAAUAGUUUACAAGUUAUUACUUCUUUGCAAGAAUCAUUAAUAUUAAGAAUAUAUAUUAACUUAUAAGAUGUCAGGUAAAGGGAAAGUUCAUGGUGGGAAAGGUAAAUCCUCUGAAUCUUCUAAAUCUUCAACUUCUCAUUCUGCUAGAGCUGGUUUACAAUUCCCAGUUGGUAGAGUUAAAAGAUAUUUAAAGAGACAUGCUCAAAAUAAAAUCAGAGUUGGAUCUAAAUCUGCCAUCUAUUUAACUGCUGUAUUAGAAUAUUUAACUGCUGAAGUAUUGGAAUUAGCAGGUAAUGCUGCCAAAGAUUUAAAAGUUAAAAGAAUUACUCCAAGACAUUUACAAUUAGCCAUUAGAGGUGAUGAAGAAUUAGAUAAUUUAAUUAAGGCCACCAUCGCUCAUGGUGGUGUCUUACCACAUAUUAAUAAAGCCUUAUUAUUAAAGGUUGAAAAGAAGAAACAAAAAUAAUCAAUUAAGUCUAAUUGAACAAAGUCAUAUUUAUUACCAGUUAAACAUAUUUCAUUCAUUAACUGAUCAUCAAUUGACAUCCAUCAAAUCAAGUGCAUAAACUAUAGUGGCCUUCAAAUAUAUAUUUAUAUUUUAAUGAUGUUGCUUAUAAUUGUUUAGUUUCUUUUCUUGCCAUUCACAGUGCCCUUAUUAUUAGUA